AUGGACAUCUCCGAGAUUCGUACAUAUGAGGUCAGCGCAUGGAAUGCACUUUGCCAGUCCGGAUCCGCUCUCAUCCCAUUUCUCGCCAAGGACUGCGUGAUGCUCUUUCCAGGCGGGAUGAUGCUCGCAGACGAGACCCUCCGAUCCACUCUGUCCGGCGAUACUUUUCAACCGUGGAAGACAUACACUAUAACUGAUGAUCGAGUGCUUCCUCUCGACAGCAAUGGGAAAUGUGCACUUAUUGUGUACAGGGUGAUUGCCGUAAGAGAGAUAGGAAACGGAGAGGAUAAAGUGUUCAAUGCACUUUGCUCCAGUGUAUGGUGCCGUCGUAUGAACAAAGAUGGACCAGAAGGUUGGGAAAUGGUGUCUCAUCAACAGACUCCUGUUUAA